GUUUAAACAAAAGAAGAGAAAAAAUUAGCAAAAACAGAGAAAUUUCACAAAUAACUUAAUUAAUAUGGAAAUACUCAACGAAAAUCUUAAACAAAUCAAAAUUCCAACAUCCAGCGAUAACAUUUAUAGUGAGGAAUGUGUUUUUUCGUACGAUACGCCGGAAAGUGAUGAUGGAUUAUACAUAAGUUUAACAUCUUUCCUGUCAUUUGGUAGAGACUAUGUUGAGCGGUACUAUCAGAAAACCAAAAAUGCUGUGUUCCUUCAUAUCAAACGGACCAAAACUGAGAUCAUUCAAGCUGACUCUGAAGAAGGACCUGAGAAGAAAAUCACUCGACUGGCGAUUGGAUUAGAAGGUGGAUUGCAGGAUAACUCCACUAAGAAAUAUAAUUAUGAUGAUACUUAUCAAAUUGUUGUAUUUCCAUCACAAACAAAAUAUCCAUUUCCAAAUGAAAAUCUUCCAGCGAUUGUUUUAGAAUCAGUAAAUGCAAUCAUUACAUCCGAUUCUGCGUUCAAGAAACUGGAGAAGGAACAAUUAAGUGGUACUUGGGAUGGCGAAAUGCGCCAAAUUUCAGCUUGUGCCUUGGAUUUACAGCAAUUAGAAACCGGCAAGAAGAUUCCACCGACUGGAUGGAAAUGCGAGAAAUGUGAUCUUACUAAUAAUUUGUGGUUGAACUUAACUGAUGGAUCAAUUAUGUGUGGACGACGAUUUUUCGAUGGCACUGGUGGAAACGAUCAUGCAGUACAUCAUUAUCAGGCUACAAAGUAUCCGUUGGCUGUAAAACUCGGUACAAUAACUGCAGAUGGAAAAGCUGAUGUUUAUAGCUAUGCUGAAGAUGAUAUGGUCAUUGAUCCUUAUUUACAACAGCAUUUAAUGCAUUUUGGCAUUAAUAUCUUUCAAAUGGAAAAGACUGAAAAGUCAAUGGUUGAAAUGGAACUAGAAUAUAAUCAACAUUUUGGUGAAUGGGCUGUUUUACAAGAAAGCUCUGGAAACUUAUUGCCAAUUGCUGGGCCAGGAUUAACAGGAAUGACUAAUCUCGGAAAUAGCUGUUAUUUAAACAGUGUCAUGCAAGUCAUGUUUAGAGUUCCUGACUUUGUUGAGCGUUAUGUUAAGAAGGCAGAUGAAAUCUUUAAUGCAUCACCAUCAGAUCCAGUUAAUGAUUUUAAUGUACAAAUGGCGAAAUUAGGUCAUGGAUUGUGGAGUGGAAAAUACAGCUCAAUUGGGGAAAGUUCCUUAGAUACUGGUGCCACUGGCAUUAAACCAACAAUGUUUAAGAAUUUGAUUGGAAAAAAUCAUCCAGAUUUUUCAACUAAGCAACAACAAGAUGCACAAGAAUUCUUAUUGCACUUAUUUACAGUUAUUGAACGUAACAGUCAUGGACAAUCGAAUCCAACUGAUUCUUUCAAGUUCCAAAUCGAGGAUCGUGUUGAAUGCUUAAGCAGCAAUAAAGUUAAAUACAGUUAUCGUGAUGAAUAUUUACUUCCACUGCCAAUACCACUGGAAAGUGCUACGAAUUUAGACGAUGUCCGUAAAUAUGAGGAAGAGAAAAUCGCAGCAGAACGUGAAGGACGUAAAAUGCCAGACGAUUCGCUCAUUCGUCCAAAGCUCUCUUUAAAAUCAUGUCUCGAAAAGUUUGCAGAACCAGAAAAUGUUGAACAAUUUUACAGUACAGCAUUAAAUGAUAAAACGACUGCAAGUAAACGUGCAAGACUGUCAACAAUGCCUGAUUAUCUCAUUUUGCAUCUUAAGAAAUUCACAUUACGUGAAGAUUGGACAUCUGUUAAGCUUGAUGUCUCUGUUGAUUGUCCUGACGAGCUUGAUAUUUCAUUUUUGCGUGGAACUGGAUUACUACCAAACGAGGAAGAACUACCAGAAAUGAAAAACCGUCCACCAUCGCCACAGAUGGAUGCAGAAGUACUAUUAUCGCUACAAGACAUGGGAUUUCCACUUGAUGCUUGUAAAAAGGCUGUUUUCUUCACAAAAAAUACUGGCUUAGAAAAUGCUACAAAUUGGAUUAUGCAGCAUAUUACUGAUGACGAUUUUAGCUCACCAUUCGUGCCGCCGGGUCAUGAAAAUGUUCAAAAAGAAUUUAUUCCGGACGAGGAAGGUCUAGCAAUGAUCCUUUCAAUGGGAUUUACAAUGAAGCAAGCAACAAAGGCUCUCAAGGCCACAAAUAAUAACACAGAACGUGCUGUUGAUUACAUUUUCUCACAUAAAGAUGAAAUCGAUAUGGAAGACGAAGAAAAUCCAGCAUCGUCAUCAACAGCACCAAAUACGAAGCAAUAUCGUGAUGGAAAUGGCAAAUACCGCUUAAAAGCAUUCAUAUCUCAUAUGGGAACAUCCUCACAAGUUGGGCAUUAUGUUUGUCACAUUCUAAAAGAUGAUCAAUGGAUAAUUUUUAAUGAUAGUAAGGUUCAAAUCAGUCAGCGACCUCCAAAGGAUUUAGGAUAUUUGUAUCUCUACGAACGUAUCAAAAAAUGAAUUUAUUAAUGAUAUAAUUCAA